AUGGUGCAGAUUAAGUUGCCUGAUGGCAACCCGCUAUCCGGUCCAGACUUGGUAAGCCGUGAGGCCCUGAAUAUGCUCCCAAACGUGCUUCGGCGUUUGACUGAGUGCCGCGCGUUGCUAUUCGUCUUGCUCCGACCGUUCCUCAAGACGAUCCAGAAAAUUCCCCAGGGGGCGGGCCAACUUUUUUAA